CACGGAGUAGGAGUAAAGUGGUAUGAUGCGCAUGCGCGCAUUUCCCAUCUGCGUUGCCAUUUUGAUAGGCGACGGAGGUGCGCAGGCGAGCAGGAAGCGGCCCUCUAGCUGCCAUGGGGAAUACCACCAGUGAAAGGGUGUCUGGGGAUCGCCACAGCUCCAAGUCUCAUCGUUCUGAUGGGACCAGUAGCACCCAGCAUGCCAAGGAUCAUCCACACAAGAUCAUGGUGGGCAGCACUGAUGAUCCCAAUGUCUUCAGCACCCAUGACUCUAAGCUUCCUGGGGAAAAGGAUUUUGUGUCAUGGCACCAUGACUUGGAUGAAUCAUUCAGGCCAGCCCAGCAGGCUCGUCCAACUGUUAUCCGCUGGACUAAUGGAGGGAAAGAAGUCUUCAUCUCGGGAUCCUUCAACAAUUGGAGCACAAAAAUCCCUCUCAUUAAAAGUCACAAUGACUUUGUUGCUAUUCUGGACCUUUCUGAAGGUGAGCACCAGUACAAGUUCUUUGUGGACGGCCAGUGGGUUCAUGAUCCCUCGGAGCCAGUGGUCACCAGUCAGAUGGGGACCAUUAACAAUCUGAUUCAUGUCAGGAAGUCUGACUUCGAAGUGUUUGAUGCUUUAAAGGUGGACUCCCUGGAAAGUUCAGAGACUUCCUGUCAAGACCUUUCUGGCUCCCCUCCUGGAAUAUAUGGCCAAGAAAUGUAUGUUUAUCGACCUGAGGAGCGUUUCAAAUCUCCACCAAUUCUUCCUCCCCAUCUCCUCCAAGUCAUUCUUAACAAGGAUACUAACAUUUCGGAGGGCUGGAGACUUCUUUUCAAGAAAAUGAAAGCUCAGAUUCUGGGAAGCCUGCUGGAGUGUGACCCAGCCCUCUUGCCUGAGCCAAACCACGUCAUGCUGAACCAUCUCUACGCACUGUCAAUUAAGGAUAGUGUCAUGGUGCUCAGUGCCACUCAUCGCUACAAGAAGAAAUAUGUUACUACUCUCCUCUACAAACCCAUCUAAGUUGGGUUCAUUCUUAUCGCCGUGGGAGCACAGACCGCUGCUUUGUCUGCACAGACCAGAGAACAAGCAGCCGGAAUAAUUGGUGGUCACCUUCCAGACUCCUUGUCAGAGGAAAAUGCUCUGAUGAUGCUGGCCCGUCUUGGUUUUGCAGGAUGAUCAAGAACUUCCUUUGGCUAUUUCUGAUGUACAAGUGCACCUUUUAGUAGCACAGAAUUUUGGGGUGCAUUAUUUUCUAUGGAUUAUAAACUGUGGGGAAAAGUGGCUUACUCCUGGGGAAUGUAAAGAAGGCUCGAGUCCUUCCUUGCUAGCCUAUUCUGGACAGCUUUUUGUAAUCUUCCCUCCCCCAAGAGCUUUCUAAGGAGUAGCACAGUGUCGAGGCAGAAAUGGACUCUUAUUUCACCUGGCCCUGGGAGAGUUCUGUGCUUCCUUCAUGUUACAGUAGUAGUUGUAUUAUGCCAAGGCAUGUUACGAUCAAGUGCUGUCUGUGGGUUUCCUGAAAGCAUCUGGUUGGCUAGAGUGGGAAGAGGUGUGUUGGACUAGACAGACCUCUAGUCUAAUACAUCAGGGAUGCUCUUACGUGCUUAAUAUCUACCACUCCAGGCCUUUUGCAUGCACAUCCAAUAUUAUGGGAGCUGCUUCAGUGUGGUGCAGUUGUACACUGUAGGAUACAUGUGUUUGCCCAUGGAAUUGCACUCUUUUGGAGCACGUUUUGCACUGUAGGGUAUGUGUCAAGGGCCCGUGAGUCAUGCUUGCCUCUGUGAGGAAUGCUUCCAUCGCCCUAGGAAAAAUCAGCGUGGUCUGCGGACAUGUGCAGACAAAUACCAUGUAGCAGGAAGUAGCGGUAGUGGUAGGUGUUGGAAGCAGUGACCUAAAGAACAUGGAGCCGCCUUGCUGCAUCAGACCAAAGGUCCAUUUUGUUCCACCAGAAUCCUCUGAGAAACUUAUGCGGAGAGCAGGAUAGUGAAGACUUUCCUCUGUCAUUUGUCCCCUCUAUCUGCUAGUCAGAAGUAUAUUGCUCCUGAAUAUGGAGGUUCUAUUUCAAGCUGUCAAAGUUAAUAGCUAUUUCAUAUUAAGAAAAAUGACAGUGCUCCCUCCUGUUCCAAUGUUUGAUUGUGCUUCUGACCAUUCAUUGCCUAUAAUGCACUCAGGAUUGAGCGUAGCCGUCUGGUACUGUGGAGAAGUGAAUGAAAUGAGUGCAGCCCCUUGUUUCAUGACCCAUAAGAGGUGCUAGAUUUAGUCUUGAGGCCUGUGACAAUAUAUGAAGGAGUCUGAUCCAUGUUCACAGGGAACCUAAGACCUGGAAUGGAAAGACUCACACAUCUUCUGCUUUAGCCUUUUGACAUGGAACGCGUCUAAGGGCUUGUUUCAUGCUUUACCUCUUCUGCCAUCCCCCCCCAACCUUUCCUCCCUAGCCAAGUAGUAAGGAAUUUGCACCAAUUUGCAGGCUGUGGACUCCUGAACUGGGAGAGGAACAGGGUUUGGGGCUUCUACUGUUGUCUUAGAUGGCCUGCAGUAGUUGAAGUUGCCUUGGGCUGGCUUUCAGCCACGUUCCGUCUCCAAAUUGGGGGAGAGGGGGAAGGAGCAUUGCCAUUUUAUCUGUUACUAAGAGACCUUUGGCUUAUACAGUCCCUUCCAAGUCUGAGGUGCCUGCAUGCACUUCUCUUCAAGGGCUGGGGUUUGCUCUAGCAGCUAGCUAAUGGCAUCUUCUAGCAUUGAUUGGGGCUGCUAUGCUGUGUGUAACUUAGCAUGGCUCCUGCUAGCCUGGCGUGAAGCAGCCCUUCAGAUGGAAGGCAAUGCUGUAAAGACAGAUGGUGUUUUGAUUUCCAUUAAUGGAAAAGAAAAGGAAGGGAAGGACUGAGCUGGUUAUCUCCUGCCAAGAUGCCUAAUUGUCUAAGUGGCAUGAAGAGACAUCUGCUGAUGGAGUGACAGCUCUUCCCUCAUAGUUUUAGCCCUCUCAACUGCCUUCAGAGGCCAUACAAAUAUUGCAUCAGUACUUGGUGUGACCUGUAGAUAGGGACUAUUCAGCUGACCUGCCAUAGCCAAAUUAGCCUCUGGAGCAUUUUGAAUAUGUGUGAGUUUUAAGAGUGAAACUUAUUUGGGGGAUGCAAAAAGCUCUUGAGCUACCCGAAAUUUCUCCGGCAGCAACUAUAUUUGUUAGGAUAUUGAGAGUCACCGUUUGGACUCUUGCUAUUGUCUUAAUGUUUUCUAGCGUUCAUGAUGGCAGAUGAUUCUGGAAAAAAUGAGCAAAUUGGGUGCUUUAAGAAAUAUUUUUCUCCAGUGCUAUUAUUAUAGGCAUGUAUAAGCAAGCAAACCUAAGGCAACAGUCACUGAGAUGGUGCUAUAGGCUCAAGUUGUGGUGUGGGGAAAUAGUGUGAAGUGCAGGAACAGGCUAAGAGCUGCUGUGGGCUGAGGGGAGCUGAGAAGUGGGCAGAUGCUGGUAGCAUGGUUAAAGGGGCAGAGGCUGGGGCUGUUUGUAGGUAAGAGCAUAAGUAGAAGGGGUCUGUGCAUGUCUCAGAGGAAGCAUGGAUUUCAUAAUGACAGGAGCAGAGUACUUUGUGGCUUUCUUGCUUGCUACUUGAGGCCUCUGCAAGAACAGAUUCUCCCCAACUAGCCUCUAGUUUCAUACUCAUAUAACCAAACGCCUUCUGCAUCUAGCUGGUAAGAGGAAGUCGUAGAGGGAAGGGCUGACUCUAGGGUUUGAAAGAAUUCAUGGAGGAUAAGGCUAUCAGUGGCUACUAGCCACAAUGGCUGUGCUCUGGCUCCAAGUCUAAGGCUGCAUGCUUCUGAAUACCAGUGGCUGGAAACUACAGGAGGGAAGAGUGUUCUUUUGCUUAGGUCUUGCUUGCGGGCCUCCCAUGGGCAUCUGGUUGGUCACUGUGAGAACGGGAUGCUGGGCUAGUUGGGCACUGGCCUGAUCCAGCAGGCUCUUACAGGCCAUACCCCUCCAUUCCUGCCUGCCUGAUCAACUUGGGCUGCCUUCCCAGGCCCCAUCUGUGCCCUAGUGCAGAUGCAACUCUAGCAAGUUGCUUUGUAUAAAGAAAGGUUUGAGAAGGAGUGACCUUUGCUUUUGUGGGACUUAAGUACCCGGCCCUGGUGGUGAUAGGCAGGCAGUGGCAGCAUCUGCAAAUGGCUGGUUGUGAUGGGAAAGGAGGGUAGAGCUUAAUCUUCAGCUGAUCCUUUUCCUCCUUUAUGCAUUUGGCAUUGUCCUGGCUGAGCAUGAGGAGUGUUACUUUUAAUAUAGUACACAUAUUUGCAUUAUAGAAUUGGUUCCUGUAACGUAGCCUUUCCCAACCAGUGUGCCUCCAGAUGUUGUUGGACCACAACUCCCAUGAGCCUCAGCCAGUAUUGCCAAUGGCUGAGGCUCAUGGGAGUUGUGGUCCAACAACAUCCGGAGGCACACCGGUUGGGAAAGGCUGCUGCAACUACUACUGCUCUUUAAGUGUUCCUGUUGAAGGCAGCUUGCAUGGGAUGUGGAGCUGAUUUUCCUGCCCCCCCCCCCCCGAAAGGUGUUGUCACAGAUUCUGGGAUGAUCCAAAUUAUUUACAUUGCCGCCUCUCCCAUCAAGGCAGAGUCAAAUUUUAAUUUAUUGUGUACAGAAAGUGAAGUUUUUACAUAAGAAAUGUGACUUUAAUAAAGAUUUAUUGCAAGUUAUUAAAUAGAAAUA